AUGCCUAAUCCGCGGCCACGCAGCCGACCUCUUAUGAUCGUUCCUGUCCUCGUUGCCGCCCUGGCGAUCCUCCUGGCUUCCUCUUCAACUGCUCGCGGCCUGUUCUCCCGGGUCCGAAGCGAAACCUUCAACAAGUUUACUACAGCUUUUAACAACGCCCCCAAGGCCAACCUCACAACCACCACUACUUCACCGCUUCAGGCUGCCGCCACAGCAAACUUGACCUCUUCCAAGAUGGGCAGGCCCCCUGUAUACUUUUUCUCCCACGGAGGACCCGACGUCCAAUACAACACCAAACACCCCGUCUACCCGAUCCUCCAAGCCAUCGGCAAAGAAAUCGUCCAAAAAGUCAAGCCCAAAGCCGUCGUCGUCUUCUCCGCCCACUGGCAAGCCACCCCCUCCGAGAUCCACCUCAACAACGGCGGUGGCCCAACAGACCUGAUCUACGACUUCUACGGCUUCCCCGACCACUUCUACAAGGCGACUUUCCCUGCAACCGGAUCCCCCCAGCUAGCCGCCAAAAUCCAGCAGCUCCUGAUCAAAAACAACAUCCAGUCCAAGGGUCUCAAGCGGGGACUCGACCACGGCGUUUUCUCGGGUUUCAACGUCGCUUUUCCACCAAACACGGACCGAGCCAUCACCGUCCCGCUUGUGCAAGUCUCGCUUUUCAAGUCCGAAGAUCCGGACGCGCACUAUCGUCUGGGACAGGCCUUCUCGUGGGGCGAUCCCAACCCGCUUCCCUAUGCGGUCAGCUUCGAUAACGCGCUGAAGGAGGCGGUGGAGGGCGAUGCGGAGGGCAGGCUGGACCGCAUGAGGGCGGCGGCGAAGAGGCCGGACGCCAGACAGGCGCACCCGUGGAUGGAUCACUUGAUGCCUAUCUAUGUGGCGGCGGGCGCGGCGGGGAAGGAUAAGGGCGUGCAGACGUGGACGUUGCAUGAGGGGAGCUUUGCUUGGGCGCAGUAUCGGUUUGGGGAUGUACCUGAGGAGUGA